AGACACGGCGGCACAAAGCGUGGCCUGCGGGGAACAUUCUGAAGGAACCGUGUUCCAUCGGCCGACUCGGACGAACUGGGAGAAGCCGAACGCCUGCUCGUCAGAGGCCGCGGCUUUAAACGGCCGCUCGAACCGAGGCCCGUCGCUCGGGGAGCAGAAAGCAGAGAGCUUCUGAUUGGCCAGGAGGCCUGCCACUCAUCAGGUGUGACUUCAGCUGAGCUGCACAGACGUGAUCAUGGUGGCGCUGUCGCUGAAGAUCGGCGUGGGGAGCGUGGUGAAGACCAUGCAGUUCGAGCCGUCCACCAUGGUGUACGACGCCUGCCGCAUCAUCAGGGAGAGAGUCCCAGAGGCGCAGCUGGGCCAGCCAAACGAUUAUGGGCUGUUUCUGUCUGACGAGGACCCAAAGAAAGGCAUCUGGCUGGAGGCCGGGAAGGCCCUGGACUACUACAUGCUGCGGAACGGGGACACGCUGGAGUACAAGAAGAAGCAGAGGCCCCUGAAGAUCCGCAUGCUGGACGGCACCGUGAAGACCGUCAUGGUGGACGACUCCAAGAUCGUCAGCGACAUCCUCAUGACCAUCUGUGCCAGAAUAGGUAUCACGAACUAUGAUGAGUACUCACUGGUGCGAGACAUUGGGGAGGAGAAGAAGGAGGAGACCACAGGAACCCUAAAGAGAGACAAGACUCUGCUGAGAGACGACAAGAAGAUGGAGAAGCUGAAGCAGAAGCUUCACACAGACGACGAGUUGAACUGGUUGGACCACGGCAGAACGCUGAGGGAACAGGGCGUUGAAGAGACGGAGAUGUUGCUGCUGAGGAGGAAGUUCUUCUACUCGGACCAGAACGUGGACUCCAGGGACCCGGUGCAGCUCAACCUCCUCUACGUCCAGGCCCGUGAUGACAUCCUGAACGGAUCCCACCCCGUCUCCUUUGACAUGGCCUGUGAGUUUGCAGGGUAUCAGUGUCAGAUCCAGUUCGGCGACUACAAUGAGUCCAAACACAAGCCCGGAUUCCUGGAUUUGAAGGAGUUCCUUCCCAAAGAGUACAUCAAGAACAAAGGAGAGAAGAAGAUCUUCCAGGCGCACAAGAACUGUCAGAACAUGACGGAGAUCGAAGCCAAAGUCAGCUACGUGAAGCAGGCCCGGUCUCUGAAGACCUACGGAGUGUCCUUCUUCCUGGUCAAGGAAAAGAUGAAAGGAAAGAACAAACUCGUGCCUCGGCUGCUGGGCAUCACCAAGGAGAGCGUGAUGCGUGUGGACGAGAAGACCAAGGAGGUGAUCCAGGAGUGGAACCUGACCAACAUCAAGCGCUGGGCGGCGUCGCCCAAGAGCUUCACCCUGGACUUUGGAGACUAUCAGGACGGCUACUACUCUGUGCAGACCACCGAGGGGGAGCAGAUCGCUCAGCUGAUCGCUGGCUACAUCGAUAUCAUCCUCAAGAAGAAAAAGAGCAAAGACCAUUUUGGCAUGGAGGGAGACGAGGAGUCCGUCCUGCUGGAGGACUCGGUGUCCCCCAAAAAGUCCACGGUGCUGCAGCAGCAGUUCAACAAGAUCGGCAGGGUGGAGACGGGCUCGGUGGCGCUGCCGGCCAUCAUGCGCUCCGGAGCCGGAGGACCGGAGAGCUUCCAGAUGGGCUCCAUGCCGCAGGCCAAGCAGCACAUCACCAGCGGGCAGAUGCACCGCGGACACAUGCCUCCACUGACGUCGGCUCAACAGGCCCUGACUGGGACCAUUAACUCCAGCAUGCAGGCCGUGCAGGCGGCUCAGGCGGCUCUGGAUGACAUCGAUGGGCUGCCCCCACUCGGAACCGACGCUGCCUCCCAAGCUUGGCGCAAAAACAAGAUGGACGAGUCUAAACAUGAGAUCCAUUCUCAGGUGGAUGCCAUAACGGCAGGCACGGCCUCCAUGGUCAACCUGACUGCAGGGGACCCUGCAGAGACGGACUACACGGCCGUGGGCUGCGCCGUCACCACCAUCUCCUCCAACCUGACGGAGAUGUCGAAGGGCGUGAAGCUUCUGGCAGCGCUGAUGGACGACGAAGGAGGAAACGGGCAGCAGCUGCUCGGCGCCGCCAAGAACCUGGCCUUCGCCGUGUCUGAGAUGCUGAAGACGGCCCAGCCGGCGAACACGGAGCCGCGGCAGAACCUCCUGCAGGCGGCCGGGAACGUGGGCCAGGCCGGCGGAGAGCUGCUGUCACACAUCGGGGAGACGGACACGGACCCUCAGUUCCAGGACAUGCUGAUGCAGCUGGCUAAGGCUGUGGCUAAUGCAGCCGCCGCGCUGGUGCUCAGAGCCAAGAACGUGGCCCAGAAGACGGAGGACUCGGCCCAGCAGAACCGCGUGAUCGCCGCAGCCACGCAGUGCGCUCUGUCCACGUCUCAGCUGGUGGCCUGCACCCGGGUGGUGGCUCCGACCAUCAGCUCCCCCGUCUGCAAGGAGCAGCUGAUCGAAGCAGGCAAGCUGGUGGCCAAGUCGGUGGAGGGCUGCGUGGAGGCGUCGCGGGGCGCCACCGGCGACGAGGGCCUCCUCAGGCAGGUGGGCGCGGCCGCCACCGGCGUCACGCAGGCGCUCAACGAGCUGCUGCAGCACAUCAAGCAGUACGCCAGCGGAGGCCGUCCCAUCGGACGCCACGGCGAGGCCACCGACCGCAUCCUGGACGUGACGGAGAACAUCUUCAGCUCCAUGGGAGACGCCGGGGAGAUGGUCCGGCAGGCGCGCAUCCUCGCCCAGGCCACAUCCGACCUGGUCAACGCCAUCAAGAUGGACGCCGAGGGCGAGUCGGACCUGGAGAACUCCCGCAAGCUGCUGUCGGCGGCCAAGCUGCUGGCGGACGCCACGGCCAAGAUGGUGGAGGCGGCCAAGGGGGCGGCCGCCAACCCUGACAGCGAGGAGCAGCAGCAGAAGCUGCGCGAGGCGGCGGAGGGGCUCCGCAUGGCCACCAACGCCGCCGCCCAGAACGCCAUCAAGAAGCGGCUGGUCAACAAGCUGGAGAACGCGGCCAAACAGGCGGCGGCGGCGGCCACGCAGACCAUCGCCGCCGCGCAGAACGCCGCCUCGUCCAACAAGAACCAGGCGGCGCAGCAGCAGCUGGUGCAGAGCUGCAAGGUGGUGGCCGAGCAGAUCCCGCACCUUGUUCAGGGGGUCCGAGGCAGCCAGUCUCAUCCCGACAGCCCCAGCGCUCAGCUGGCCCUCAUCAGCGCCAGCCAGAACUUCCUGCAGCCUGGUGCCAAGAUGCUCACAGCUUCCAAAGCCACUGUUCCCACCAUCAGCGACCAGGCCUCAGCCAUGCAGCUGAGCCAGUGUGCCAAGAACCUGGCCAGCGCCCUGGGAGAGCUCCGCACCGCCGCUCAGAAGGCUCAGGAGGCGUGCGGUCCACUGGAGAUCGACAACGCUCUGUCCAUGGUGAGAGGUCUGGAGAAGGAUAUGCAGGAAGCCAAGGCCUCGGCGGAGGAGGGCAAACUCAGACCACUGCCAGGAGAAACGCUUGACAAGUGCUCCCAGGACCUGGGAACCAGCACCAAGGCGGUGAGCUCGGCCAUGGCGCAGCUGCUGAGCGAGGCCACGCAGGGCAACGAGAACUACACAGGCAUGGCCGCCAGAGACGUGGCCCAGGCUCUGAAAUCCUUGGCUUCGGCUGCCAGGGGCGUCGCUGCCACCACAGACGACCUUCCUGUGCGCAGCGCCACGCUGGACUGUGCCGGAGACGUCAUGGACAAGUCGGCCAACCUGAUCGAAGAGACCAAGAGAGCCAUCACCAAGCCGGGGGAGGCCGAGAGUCAGCAGAGACUGGCCCAGGUGGCCAAAGCAGUGUCCCAGGCCCUGAACCGAUGCCUGAACUGCCUUCCAGGCCAGAGGGACGUGGACAACGCCAUCCGCACCGUGGGCGAGGCCAGCAAGAUCCUCCUGGCCGAUUCCUUCCUGUCAAGUGGACGGAGCUUCCAGGACAUUCAGGCCAAGCUCAACAGAGUGGCAGCAGGUCUGAAUCAGUCGGCCAGCGAGGUGGUGCAGGCGUCCAAAGGAACCACCCUGGACCUCGCACGGGCCACCGGCAAGUUUGGCCAGGACUUCAACAGCUUCCUGGAGGCGGGCGUCGACAUGGCUGGAACGUCCCAGUCUAAAGAAGACCAAACCCGGGUUGUGUCCAACCUGAAGACCAUUUCCAUGUCCUCUAGCAAGCUGCUACUAGCAGCCAAAGCCCUGACUACUGAUCCAAACUCCCCCAACCUCAAGAACCAGCUGGCGGCUGCUGCCCGGGCCGUCACAGACAGCAUUAACCAGCUCAUCACCAUGUGCACUCAGCAGGCUCCAGGUCAGAAGGAGUGUGACAACGCUCUGAGGGAGCUGGAGUCGGUCCAGGGGAUGCUGGAGAACCCGACUGAGGCCGUCAGCGAGCUGUCGUACUUUGACUGCAUCGACAGCGUCAUGGAGAACUCAAAGGUUCUCGGUGAGUCUAUGGCUGGAAUUUCCCACAAUGCCAAGAACUCCAACCUGCCAGAGUUUGGAGAAUCGGUCAGCGCUGGCUCCAAAGCUCUGUGUGGUCUGACUGAAGCAGCUGCUCAGGCUGCCUACCUGGUGGGAGUGUCGGACCCCAACAGUGCAGCGGGUCAGAAGGGACUAGUGGACCCAGCUCAGUUUGCUCGGGCUAACCAGUCCAUCCAGAUGGCCUGUCAGAACCUGGUGGACCCGGCCUGCACUCAGUCUCAGGUUCUCUCUGCAGCCACCAUCGUGGCCAAACACACCUCUGCGCUGUGCAACGCCUGCCGCCUGGCCUCCUCCAACACGCCCAACCCUGUGGCCAAGAGGCAGUUUGUGCAGUCGGCCAAGGAAGUGGCCAACACCACCGCCAACCUGGUCAAGUCCAUCAAGGCGUUGGACGGAGCCUUCAACCAUGAGAACAGAGAGAAGUGUAAGGCUGCCACUGGGCCCCUGAUCGAAGCGGUGGACAACCUGACAGCCUUCGCCUCCAACCCAGAGUUCGCCAGCAUUCCUGCACAGAUCAGCCCCGAGGGCCACGCAGCCAUGGAGCCCAUCCUAGUGGCAGCAAAGACCAUGCUGGAGAGCUCGACGGGCCUGAUCCAGACCGCCCGCUCGCUGGCCGUCAACCCCAAAGACCCGCCCAAGUGGUCGGUGCUGGCCGGACACUCGCGCACUGUGUCGGACUCCAUCAAGAAGCUGAUCACCAACAUGAGAGAAAAGGCUCCAGGGCAGAGAGAAUGUGACGAUGCCAUUGACGUUCUGAACCGCUGCAUCCGUGAGGUGGAUCAGGCCUCGCUAGCCGCCAUAAGCCAGCACCUCACGCCGAGAGAGGACAUCUCCAUGGAGACGCUCCAUCAGCAGAUGGCCGCCUCCGUCCAUGAGAUCAGUAACUUGAUCGACCCCGUGGCUGUGGCUGCUCGUUCGGAGGCGUCUCAGCUCGGCCACAAGGUGUCCCAGAUGUCCAGCUACUUCGAGCCCCUGAUCAUGGCAGCCAUCAGUACAGCCUCCAAGAUCCUGAGCAGUCAGCAGCAGAUGGCCGUCUUAGACCAGACCAAGACCCUGACGGAGUCGGCCCUGCAGAUGCUCUACACGGCCAAGGAAGCUGGAGGAAACCCCAAGGCGUCCCACAUGCAGGAGGCGCUGGAGGAAUCCGUUCAGAUGAUGAAGGAAGCGGUGGAUGACCUGGGCGCCACGCUGGCGGAGGCGGCCAGCGCGGCGGGGGCUGUGGGUGGGAUGGUGGACUCCAUCAACGAUGCCAUCAAUAAGAUGGAGGACGCGCCUGCGCUGGAACCAGAAGGAACCUUUGUGGACUAUCAGACCACGAUGGUCAAAACGGCCAAGGCCAUCGCCGUCACUGUGCAGGAGAUGGUGACCAAAUCCAACACCAACCCGGACGACCUCGGCGGCCUGGCCAACCAGCUCACAAACGAGUUUGGAAAUCUGGCAGAUGAGGCCAAAUAUGCAGCUGUUACUGCUGAGAACAAUGAAAUCGGUUCCAACAUCAAGAAGCAGGUGGGUGAACUGGGUCUCACCUGCACGGGUCUGGUGACGAAGGCCGGAGCUCUGCAGUGCAGCCCCAACGACACCUUCACCAAGAAAGAGCUGAUCGAAAGCGCCCGCAAAGUCUCAGAGAAGGUGUCCCAUGUGCUGGCGUCUCUGCAGGCAGGCAACCGCGGCACGCAGGCCUGCAUCACAGCAGCCAGCGCCGUGUCCGGCAUCAUCGCAGACCUGGACACCACCAUCAUGUUCGCCACUGCCGGGACCCUGAACAGGGAGAACGCAGAGACCUUUGCUGACCACAGGGAAUGCAUCCUGAAGACGGCCAAGGCUCUGGUGGAGGACACCAAGCUGCUGGUGUCUGGUGCCGGAGCCAGUCAGGAGAAACUGGCGCAGGCUGCUCAGUCGUCGGUGUCCACCAUUACCAAACUGGCUGAUGUGGUCAAGCUGGGAGCUGCCAGCCUGGGUUCUGAGGACCCAGAGACCCAGGUGGUCCUGAUCAACGCGGUGAAAGAUGUGGCCAAAGCUCUCGGGAACCUCAUCAGUGCCACCAAGGCGGCUGCAGGCAAACCCCACGACGACCCCAGCAUGCUGCAGCUGAAGAACUCUGCCAAGGUGAUGGUGACCAAUGUGACGUCGCUCCUGAAGACGGUGAAGGCCGUGGAGGACGAGGCCACCAAAGGAACCAGAGCUUUGGAGGCAACUAUUGAACACAUCAAACAGGAGCUGACUGUGUUCAGCAGCUCUGACCCACCGGCCAAAACCACCACACCAGAGGAAUUCAUUCGCAUGACCAAAGGCAUUACCAUGGCAACGGCCAAGGCCGUGGCCGCCGGGAACUCGUGUCGCCAGGAGGACAUCAUCGCCACCGCCAACCUGAGCCGAAGGGCCAUCGCUGACAUGCUGCACUCCUGCAAGCAAGCCGCCUUCCACCCAGAGGUCAGCAAAGAGGUCCAGAUGAGAGCGCUGCGCUUCGGCAAGGAGUGUGCCACCGGAUACCUGGGCCUGCUGGAGCACGUGCUGGUGAUCAUCCAGAAGCCGUCCCAUGACCUGAAGCAGCAGCUGGCUGGCUACUCCAAGCGAGUGGCAGGGUCCGUGACCGAGCUCAUCCAGGCGGCCGAGGCCAUGAAAGGGACCGAGUGGGUGGAUCCUGAAGAUCCCACCGUCAUUGCGGAAAAUGAACUGUUGGGAGCAGCGGCUGCUAUUGAGGCAGCUGCCAAGAAGCUGGAGCAGUUGAGGCCCAGGACCAAACCCAAGGAAGCAGAUGAGAGCCUAAACUUUGAAGAGCAGAUUCUGGAGGCAGCCAAGUCUAUCGCUGCUGCCACUAGUGCUCUGGUCAAGGCAGCGUCAGCAGCACAGAGGGAGCUGGUGGCUCAGGGGAAGGUGGGAGCGAUUCCAGCCAAUGCGGUGGAUGAUGGACAGUGGUCUCAGGGCCUGAUCUCAGCCGCACGGAUGGUGGCGGCAGCCACCAACAACCUGUGUGAAGCCGCCAACUCAGCAGUGCAGGGACAUGCGAGCGAGGAGAAGCUCAUCUCCUCAGCCAAGCAGGUGGCAGCGUCCACUGCGCAGCUGCUGGUGGCCUGCAAGGUCAAGGCGGACCAGGACUCCCAGACCAUGAAGAGGCUGCAGGCUGCUGGAAACGCUGUGAAGAGAGCGUCUGACAACCUCGUGAAAGCAGCUCAAAAAGCAGCCUUCGAAGCUCAGGACGACCAGGCCGUGGUGGUGAAGAGCAAGAUGGUGGGAGGCAUCGCUCAGAUCAUCGCCGCUCAGGAGGAGAUGCUGCGCAAAGAGCGUGAGCUGGAGGAGGCGCGGAAGAAGCUGGCCAUGAUCCGACAGCAGCAGUACAAGUUCCUGCCCUCGGAGCUGCGGGAGGACGGCCAGGAGCAGUGAGGGAGGAGCGCUCACGCCGCCUCCGUCAGCGAGCAGCUGGAGCGUACGGCAAAGGGUUGGGUCUCUUUAUUUAAUGUUUGAAAGCAGUGAAAGCAAUAAUGCCAACGAUUAGGAAUCUGGAGAUUACGAAAUGUGUCUAAAUUAAAGUCUCUGUGCUUUUAUUCCUCAUGGUCAUAUACUUUUCAACAUUGGGGUCAGUUCCCUCUGUGUGUGUGUUGUGUACAUGUUUGUAAGAUGACAAUCCUGCCUGCUUGGCUUCACAGUUACACUUUACUGUUAGAUCUUAACAUAUCGUAUCAAGGAAGCACAACUUAUGCCUCUGUGCAGAUGUUGCAUAAUAUAUGCAGAUGUUCUACGUAGGAAACGUGGAGCUUCCAUGUGUGGAUGAAAGCUGGUCGUAUGUUCAGGUUUGAACACAACCUUUAGAUUUGGACAUUUUUACUUUGCAAUGGAACAAAUGAGAGCGUGAACCUAUUUUGAAGAUUGAGCUAAGAAAUGUAUUAAAUUCAUUCCUUAAAAUAAAGUUGCUGUAGGUUCUAGGUCUUUGUUAGAUUAGCCUGUGUUUGUGUGCAGAAGAAGAAGCCAUAAAUGGAAUCUUUCAUAGCGUUGUGUAACGUUGGCUGUUUGGUGCUUAUUGCCUCACUCUUAACUCGUCAUGUGCCAGUGUUCGUGUUCGCUGAACGAUGUAACCUAUACAUAAUGAUUUAUGUAAUGUUUUCUCACCAGGGGCCUGAUGCGAACUGUAGUGUAGUGACAUGAUAUUGAUCAUUUGCCUGCUACAUGCACUAAAGUCAUAACUUUGAUAAUCAUGGAUUCACUUAAACCGCGCUUCGUCCACAAUGUCUUUAUUUUCACAUAUUAAACCUUAGAACAAACUGCUAGAACGUCGUCUCCUCCAAGAAUUACGCAAAGCAUUUUUUCUGCAGUUCACGUUUUUUCUUGGAUGUGGUAUAAUUAUAAUGCUGUGUACAGCAGUACCACCCCAUGGGCACUGUAACAGAGAUUUAUAUUCAAUAAAGUCCGUUUAAGUCAAA